CAUAGAAAUCUGUGGAACAGGUUAGCGGAAGCUAUCCACAUUCUUGUAUAUCUCGAUGAGUCAAACACGGAAAGAGCGAUGGGCAAAAGUCGUUUUGCUCAUUUAACUGAGUGAAAAUAUUUGUGGGCUUUAUACAAAGUAAUUAUUUUGCUUAUUUAUUUAUAUAUUUUGAUACGAAUAGGUAACUAGUUAAAUUACUUGUAGCAGGUGAAAUUUAAAGUCUGUUGUGGGUAACGUAGCGUUAAUAAAUGUUACUCCAGUAUACAUGACCUGCUAUCUGUAGUGAAAUAAUGAGUUCAGAUUCAGCGCUGUUGUUGGAAACCGUACACUUUGCGGCAGAAAAACAUAAAAAUCAACGGCGGAAGGACCCUGAAGCCACACCAUAUAUCAACCACCCAAUUGGUGUGGCAAGAAUCUUAAGCCAUGAAGGUGGAAUUACUGACAUUGAAGUUUUACAGGCAGCUUUGCUUCAUGAUACAGUGGAAGACACUGACACCACCAUUACAGAGCUUGAGGCGGUAUUCGGGCAGACGGUGGCCAGAAUUGUCCAAGAAGUAACAGAUGACCGCACUCUGACCAAGCAAGAGAGGAAGCGUCAGCAGGUGGAGCAUGCGCCAUAUUGCAGCCACCAGGCCAAACUGGUGAAACUAGCCGACAAGCUGUACAACCUGAGGGAUCUCAACCGCUGCACGCCCUCUGGGUGGACAGAAGAACGGGUCCAGGAGUACUUUGUGUGGGCGGCACAGGUAGUGAGAGGAUUACGUGGCACCAACCAGACACUCGAGAACAACCUGCAGCAGCUCUUCAAGCAAAGAGGUGUCGAGAUGUGACUGCCUUUGGACAGCCUGUCAGAGUGCCACACCUAUGUAUCUGGGGAAAAAAGUUGCCCCAGUUCUUUAAAUUGAUUUCAUCACAUUUUUCUGUAACUGAGAGCUUUUUGUCUAACAGCACUUUUAAGAUCUAGCCCUCAACACUGGUUUUUAUCGAAUGCAUAUUACCUCAUUUGUCAGUACUGUGUCUCAUAUGAGUUUCACUAUACGGCAUUUACAUUGAUAAACUCCACUGAUUUGUAAAAUAAAAUAAAAUGUUGGGAAAUAAAUUUAUUUAUGAUCACA